AUGGCAAGUGCUGAGACCAGAACCGACGCUCACGGAUAUUUUGAUAUUUCAGUACCAUUGAGCCUCAUUCUUGGCUUUGCUGAAGAUUAUCAAAAAGUGAUUGUAAAUGCUAAACAUGAGCUCAUCAUUACAAGAUCUAAAACUGAUAUCAACGCAAUCCUUCAAGGACCAAUCACUGCGGACAAUCCUGCGGAGAAUUACAAGAUUACUCUGCAGAAGAUGGAAUGGUUAAUUCCUUAUGUUAAAGUAUCUGAUGAGCGUAAGAUUAAAUUGCUCAAUUUCAUCGCAAAAGAUACACCUAUCACGAUGGAUUUCCGCACUUUGGAGUUGUAUGAGUACCCCUUGCUCCCUGCCGCUUCGAAGCAUGUUUGGGUGGUGAAAACAUCGAAUCAAUUGGAGAAACCACGAUAUAUUAUUCUAGGAUUCCAAACAGGGCGAAGAAAUACCCUAACAGCUAAUGCUAGCCGCUUCGAUCAUUGUAACAUGCGUGAUGUGAAAUUAUUCCUAAAUUCGCAAAGUUAUCCAUAUGGGAAUUUAAAUCUUGAUAUUGAUCAUAAUCAAUAUUCUACAUUAUACAAUAUGUUUGUAAACUUCCAAGAUUCUUAUUAUGGCAAAGAAGCGGAGCCAUUGAUGAAUAGAUCGGAAUUUUUGGGGAAAGCUCCAUUGUUUGUUAUUGAUUGCUCAAAACAUAAUGAGUACUUGAACAGUGGCCCAGUUGACAUUCGUUUGGAGUUCGAAUCUACUACCCCUUUCCCACCUAACACAUCAGCUUACUGCCUCAUCCUCCAUGAUCGAAUUGUUGAAUACAAUCCCAUCAGUGGUGGGUAUCAGACAAACUUUUGGAGCAGCUACUUCAUCAAAAUGGAUAAGACAAAAACUGAUUAUUCGAGAUCAUACUCUAACAACCAAAACGGACAAAGGGAUACAUCCCUCAAAGGAAGUACAGCGUACAAUGGAUCAGUAUAUUCAGGACGUUAUGGAUCAAUAGGCGAGGAGAGAUCUAAAAAAAAUAAAUAA